AUGGAUAUGGCUGCGGUAGUGCCGCCACCAGAGCUGCGCAGGACGAUCCUACGGGUCUUCACCACCAAGCACUCGCUGCAGCUUCACUCGUCCGCUAUCGGUUUCAUCACUUCGACACUUGCACAACACGGCCUUCUAGAUCAGCCACUUGAAUGGGAGGAAGCCAUUGAUGCGCUCGCGCAGGGCAUAGUUGAUGGGCAGUCGGACAUAGAUCCGCACUCUUCUCGAGGAGCAACUCGUGGCGGCAAUCAGAAUGUAGACAACGACCAAGACACGGGACCAUCAGAUGUAGUCACGGCAGCAGCGCUCGAGAAGGUCUACUCCAGACUCGUCGUAGCAGACUCAGCAGCACAUACAACUCAAGGUGCUCUCGCAUCGACAUCUUUAGCUAACAAUGGUGUGCAUCGACACCCACACGAGCUCACCGACGGAGAGCUGCCAGAUCCACACCGCUACUUUGGCGUUCACUCAGCAUUUACGCAGCCAAAACUUGCCUUUGAUCCCAUUCGCAAAGUCUUUGAGCCGGCAUCGAUAGCAUCGACAGUCCUUCCAACGGCAGCGGCUCGCUCCACCUUCCCGCGGCAACGAUACCACAUCCUCAAAAGCGUCAUCUCGAGAAACGAAAACUUCUGUCCACCGCUCGCCAUCCCAACCGCUGCACCAUCAUCUUCCUCAUCUUCAUCGCGCAACAACACCGCAGACGGCUUCAUGAGACUCACCUCGACGAAGAAUCUUCUUGGCAGGCAAGGACAUCGCUUCUUGCUCUUUGGCAUGCUCAGCACCUCUUCUGACGGCAGAUACGAGCUUGAAGAUGUCGAUGGCGCCGUCGGACUCGACCUCCAUGACGCCAUUCCGGGUGAAGGUAUCUUUACAGAAGGCAGUCUCAUCCUUGUCGAGGGCGAGUAUACGGUCGACGAACGCAUCCGUGUCUUUGCCAUCGGUCAUCCACCAAGCGAGACUCGCGCGCAAGCAAGACUAAUCCAUGCCCACACCGACUUCCUCGGACCACCACAGCCUCCCGUCCUCGCAUCAGCAUCCGCGCCAAGUCGAGCUGGCACAUCAGCGCCGUGGCGAGGAGCCAUCUCUGUCAAAGAAGAAGCUGCUUUCAAGGUCCACGAAGCCAACCACUCCGACCUCUGCUUUGUCAUCUUCUCCGAUCUCCAUCUCGACCAUCCAAAGACCAUGUCGGCGUUUGCUACCGUGUUGCAAGGCUACGUCGAUGCCGACUUUAUCCCUUUCGCGCUCGUACUCUGCGGUAACUUUGCGAGUCAGCAGUACUCGUCAGCAGAUAUGAUCGACAUGUACAAGGCCGGCUUUGCUGCACUCGGCGAGACGCUCUCCUCCUUCCCCGCCAUCGUUGGUACAAGCGACAUCAUCCUCGUUCCCGGUCCACAAGAUCCCUUUGCCACCUCGCUCGUCCCUCGUCCACCGCUGCCACAGCUUGUCGUGCAGGCACUCCUCUCCAAGCUCGAACGGCUGCAUGCCACAAUCCAUCUUGCAUCCAACCCGUGCCGCAUCUCGUACUUCUCCCAGCAGAUCGUUGUCUAUCGCGACGACACCCUGACUCGUUUCCUCCGCAACACGGUGCGCAUCAAGGAUGAAUCGCAGGAGCCGGAGAGAGAAGAGCGCGAGAAGGGGGAGCGCGAUUUGAAGAAGUUUUUGGUGUCGACCGUCUUGGAUCAAGCACAUCUCGUUCCAUUGGCGCAAAGGAUCAGGCCGGUGCUUUGGGAUCAUGAUCAUGCGUUGAGUCUGUAUCCGAUGCCGACUGCUCUCGUGCUCGCCGACGCCUACGACCGAUACGAGCUCACCUAUGAAGGAUGCCACGUCGUCAACCCGGGCUCCUUCAGAUCAGGCAACACUUUCGCCUGGUCCACUUACUACCCUGCUUCUCGACGCACUGAACCAAGUGAGCUUCCUGUAUCCUGA